AUGAUGCCGUGCCCUCUAUGGAAAAGCUCGCAGCGCGCGUGGGGCGCGCACGUGACGGCCACGCUGGGCGUCCUCGUUUCGCUGCUGGUGUGCGCGGCAGAUCCUCCUCCAAAACACGCUCGCGCCGUUCCUCUCCCCGCUCCUCCUCUCCCGCUUCCCCUCCGCCGUUGCGCGCCAAGCCGCGCCAAACGGCACUGCAUCCGCCUGCAACGUCGCUACACGGACAGCAUAGAAGCGAGGCACCGGCGGAACCAGUCGGACGGGAACGUAGCGAGUGUGCUGGAGGCGGAGGCGGGGCAGUGGAAGCAGCGCACGUACCAGCAGAGAGGGUUCAUGUACCAGUUCAGCGCGUAUCGGAUCAGUUCCUCCCGCUUCGUCGUACUCGGUAUAAGCAGCCUCGAUUUCCUAUGGCAGAAGGAGGGAGAGGGUUGUCGAUGGGUGGGGCGAGACGGGAGCAGACUGAACGGUACAGUGCUGUACAGGGACUUCAUGCGUCCCAAAUCCAAGACUGACGCGUUAGCAGCGUUUUGCCAGCUGGCAGGCAACACGUCUCAGGCGGGCGGCUACCUGGCAAUGACCAUGGAUGACGUGCAGGCUGCCUUUUACACUGAGGAGCCCGGGGAGCCGCUGGAACCGCCACCAGACGACGCUCUCCCCGUGCUCCUCACGUGGUGUUCCCAGCCGCUAUACGGAGCAUUAGACGCGGGCGUGGUGUGGGCGUGGGUGGAGUACCACCGCUUAAACACCCCCGUGCACCGCUUCCUCUUCUACGACAUGGCUGCCUGGACGCCCAUGCUCUCCCACCUCUUCCGCCCCUACUUCACCGCGGGGAUCGCCGAGAUCACGGACAUGUCUGCUGGCCACCGCCUGGGGUUCCAUGCGGGGACGGGACCAAAGGGGUUCUUGUCGAAACACCAGGUGGUCCCUGAGCCGCGAAUAGCACAUGCCGGUGCCAGUACCGCAGCCAAAGCAUCAACUACCGCAUUCCACACCACACCCCCAUCGCACCUCUCCUCCCAACAGACCCUGGCGGGCAACGACUGCAUAUUCCGCUCGCUGGCAACGUCCCGCUGGGUGACUCUGCACGACACCGACGAGUUCCUCGCGCCCGUGCCGCCGCACUCCCUGCCCUCGCUCCUCGCCACCCACCGCGACGCGCCCUGGCUCUCCCACGGAGCCCUUGUCGUGGAUCUAUCUGUGUGUGACGACGCGGGGGGCGUGGUGGGGAGUGCAGGGAGGAACGGCAGUGGAGGUGCUGGUGAAAUGCAAGCACGUCGCGGGGAGGGGGUUGAGAUGGAUGCAGCAGGAGAAGCAGCAGUAGCAGCGACGGUGGCAGAGGAGGAGGGGGCAGAAGCUAAGAGGAAUGGCGUGGAGGUGUUAUCUCGGCUUGUGUUUCGGCAGCCGGAGGUGUGGUGCAUGCAGGACGGGUCGCAGGAGCGCAUAGAUCCCGCGGUGUGUGAGGACUGGCGCGGGCACCGCAAGGUCAUUGUCAACCCCAGAAAGACGUCAGUGAUGUCUAUCCACAUGGUCAGAGAGCCGCAAACAGGCGGCGUGGUGCUCAAUGCUGAAACUCACCUGCGCCACUACCAUUUGUCUGGAGUGGUCAACCCAGUCAACGCGCGGUGCGGCACUGUUGUGCCGCCUGGGGAGUCCCAUGUGUGGUUUGUGAGGGACACGACUGUCGCUGACAAGGUCCGGGUGAUCGCUAAUGCGUCUGCCCCUCAGCCUCUGCUCGUAUGA